GAUAGUUGGAGGGAAGAAAAGAGUAAGCAGCAUCAUCCACCAAUGCAUGACGUGCAGAAGGCUCAGAGCUCCACUCAGCAUCCAGAAGAUGGCAAACCUGCCCGCCGAUCGUCUUUCGACAGACCCGCCGUUCUCCAGCGUGGGUCUUGAUGUGUUCGGUCCAUGGAACGUCUCCUCACGCCGGACCAGAGGCGGCUUCGCUCAAAGUAAAAGGUGGGCAGUGAUCUUUACGUGCAUGAGCAUAAGAGCUGUGCACAUUGAAGUCAUAGAGUCCCUCGACACCUCUAGCUUCAUCAAUGCGCUACGGCGCUUCCUUUCAGUACGUGGGCCGGUCAAACAUAUUCGUUCUGACCGCGGUACCAACUUUAUUGGCGCCUGUAAGGAACUGAAGAUGACCUCGAACAUUGACAGCAUUGCCGUAAAGACCUAUCUCUCAGACAAGGGCUGCACCUGGUCUUUUAAUCCUCCACAUGCAUCCCAUUGGGGUGGAUCGUGGGAGAGAAUGAUAGGGCUGGCGAGGAGGAUUCUGGAUGCAAUGUUCCUCCGGCUGAAAGACAAGCUCACCCAUGAAGUGCUGGUGACCUUUAUGGCAGAAGUCGCAGCGAUCAUCAACGCCAGGCCACUUGUUCCAGUGACAAUGGACCCAGAUGACUCGUUCAUACUCACGCCUGCUGCUCUUCUCACACAAAAGGCAAACUUCGUGCCUGCUCCUGCUGGUGAGUUUGGAGUUGCAGACCUCUACAAAUCCCAGUGGCGGCAGGUUCAGCACCUGUCUAACACCUUCUGGGACCGCUGGAGGAAACAAUUCCUCCCAACACUGCAGGCCCGCAAGAGAUGGCAGUCCGCUCAGCCAAACAUUCAGCCUGGAAGCGUUGUUCUCCUUAAGAACAGCCAAGCACCUAGGAAUGAAUGGCCUCUUGGACUGAUUACACAGGCCUUCCCUAGCAAAGAUGGAAAAGUGCGCCAGGUUGAGGUGAAGAUCAUCAAGCCAGGUGGGACUAGCCUCUUUCUCAGGUCAGUCAAUGAAAUAGUUCUACUUCUACCUCCAGAGGCACAGUAAAUGGACUGUGGAUGGUCUGUGGGUGACGUGUGACCACGUCAGGCGGGGAGUGUUUUGUUAUGAGUGGAAAAAAUAUCAUUAAGCUAAUUUUCAGAAGUUAAAUAUGUUUUACUUUUGGCUGUCAAUGCAGAUUCCUAAGGUGUUUCUAUUUUGGUCAUGUUCACGCGAGAUCGCGUUGUUGAAAAAUGUCCUAUGACUUGACCCGUAGUUAGGAAGUAAGCGCUCAACUCACGUAUUUCGGCGAUUUGUUUUAGAUUCAUGCAUAUCCUAUCGCAUCUCUCAACAUCUUGUGUCUGGCAUAGCAUCGUCGUUUCACCUUUUCUCUAACUCCAAUAAACCUGUGGAACGAACUAGAACGAAUCUUCAGAGUCUUGGUGUGGGGAAAAAGUUUAGCUGGCCGUCAGGAUAUUAAUAGACAUAUCGAGGACGGC